UUGAUAAGUGGUUGAUAAACCACAGUUGUAAACAAUGUGCUAAACAACGAAACUGAACAAAGCAACAAGCCUAACAAAAUAAAAAUAAAAAAAUAUUCUACAUAAAGUCAUAUAAUAAUUACAAAUUUACAAUUUAAGUUUGUGAUGAUUUUAGAUCCUAUGAAACCAUUAUCCAGCAGGGCUAUUGUCUAAUUUUGACUAUAAUUUUGAAUAAAUUUAAUUAUAGGCAAAAGUUUUAUUAAUGGAAGUAGUAUCGGCGUUUUUCACGUUUGAAGAAGAGAAAGAAAUAUCUGACGAUUUUAUUCGAAUUAUUGAGAAUUAUAAUGAGUUACUUGAAAAUUUUAAGAUUCCUGCAACUAUAAAACAUGUAUACAAUCCUACUGUUUAUGCUGAAUAUACUUUCAGAAUGUAUGUAAAAAAAUAUUGCAAUACUAAAAAGAAAAUAAUGUUUUUUGGCAUGAAUCCAGGCCCUUGGGGAAUGUCUCAAACUGGCGUUCCAUUUGGAGAGGUGUCAUCUGUACGUGAUUGGUUGGGAAUUGAAGGACCUGUGCAAAAACCUCUUAAUGAAAAUGAAGCCCGCCCUGUUAAUGGCUUUAAAUGCACCAGGACUGAGAUUAGUGGUAAAAGAUUUUGGGGACUAUUUAACAAGUUAUGCGGUGUACCAGAAAACUUUUUCAAAACUAGUUUUGUAUAUAACUAUAUUAAUCAGCAAUGGAUGAAUAGUAAAGGAUGUAAUAUAACACCAGCAGACUUUAAAGUGUCUGAUAUGGAACCUCUGUAUAGUAUGGGAGACUGUGUAUUAGCAGAUGUGUUAAGACUGUAUGAAGUGGAAACUAUUGUUGCUAUUGGAAGAUUUUGUCUAACUAGAGCCCAAAAGACAAUAAGUCAAUAUGCACUUCAAAAUAUUAAGGUUGUGUAUUUGAUGCAUCCAAGCCCACGUGUAGUGAAUAAUGGAAAUUGGGAGCAGCGAGCCAUAGAAUGCUUAAGAAGUCAUGAUCUUUUGAAAUAUUACAACAAAGACAAUAUCACAUGAACAUUGAACAAUAUAAUUUUAUUGUUACACUUUCUAUGUUAUGGACAUAAGUAACAUAUUGUAUUUUGUAUUAA